AUGGCGGCAAGGGCGGAGAACGGCAGGAAGCAGGAGUGGCUGGUCCCGCGCCGGCCUCCCGUCGAGGCAUACGAGCUGUUGUCUCCGGUACAGCAGCGACGAGUCGACGCAUACCCCGACGGCCAGCGGGCGGCAGCCGCCUGGCUCUUGUUGAUUGACUCUGGACCAGAGUGGAGGGCACGGGCCACCCCGUGCAGAAACUGUGCUGGGCAACGCUGGCCGUGCGUUGACCCCGCUAAUCCUGGUCAGCGCCGGCGCUGCGAGGGCUGUUAUCGCUCAGGCUGGGUUUGCAAUGACCCCACGCCCCUGUGGACUCUACCUGCUACGCCGCAGGCGUCUGCGUCGACACCCAGAGCACCUGCCGGUCGGGCACAGAGCCAGUCGGCGCCCGCGACGCCCGUCUUUCGUCCUUCGACUGCGACUACGGUUCUUGAUCUUACCUCGACCUCCGGCCCUGGUCGCCGACAGCGACGAGCGAGCCCGGACGACACUGAAGACAAUGAAGAGAUCGUGGACAUCGACGACGAGGCAGAGCUCUUCUUCGCCUCACAACGUUCGGCGGAGAGUGCAGACUCGGAUGACGAAAUUGAAUUCAUUGGGAUGAGCGCGGCUCCUGGCCUUUUCCAGCCUCCCAAGAAACGUCCGCGCCAUGCAUCACCUCCGUCAAAUCACCCUGCCGCGGACGAUGCAGGGCCCAGUAUAAAUCGGGAGACGCCUCUGCCAACCCUGCUUGUCAGCCGCUCAACCAAUUUCACCGUCGACACGAUACACGCUAUCCUCAAGGCGGCUGAGCGAACCGCACCUUCCGACGUGGCCGUUUCAUGGCCUGGAAGACCGCAGCCCGCCCCAGGAGUCGCGCACAGUGUGAUGGUCCACAAGUGCGGAAAGUCGUUCAAUAUUGCGCUCUGGGAUCACAGCCGUCGGACAGUGAACUACAUUUACGAAACCGGGUUUAGCAUCCCCGAAACACUCGUGAGCGACGUUCUCGCUGAGGGUAGGGCAAGGAGACUCUACAACGUUCAGGUCGGAGUUACCUGGAUGGCAUGUCCCGCUCGCAAUCGCCCAUACACCACCUCUUCAGGCAUGUGGGCCAGUGUCAUGGCAGUGUGGCUCACCCGGAACCAUGGGGUUCAAGAAUGUCUCGAGCUGCUCGAGCAAUUCACCAUCAAACCCGCGCAUGUCUGCGAAGACCUGAACGCCAUCUUGCGAGGAGAGCAUUGGUCAGGGCAGUGCUUCGAGCUUCAAGGACGACCCCGGAAUGCGCGAACUGCCGCUGGAACUCCAAACUCCAGUGUACAUGCCCAAGAUCAGCGACCCGCCCAGGUGACCGACAUUGCACGAGCUGGGUCUGAGAAGACCGUUGGAUCUCCUUCUACGCUGCCUGUCGAUUCGCAACGCGAGCCCCCGUCCGUGCUGUCCCCGCCGUCCCGGAUACCAGAUAUCACAAGCACCACCGAGUUCACUCCGGAUCUUGUGAAGGAGAUUCUCGCGAGCGCGCGAAAGACUGCCCCUCAGAGCCAGGCAAUCGCCUUCAACAACGAAAUUAUGGGGUUCGACAAGACUAACAGCUUAGUCCUAGUCUCCAACGUUGGCUCAUCGUGGAGUAUAGCCGUCUGCCGCCCCCUUGUGGGCGAUGUUCAUUACAUCUACGUUCCCGGCGCCAGCCACACUGGGGAAGACCACAGCAAUAUCAAGCGGGUGCUCAGCCAGAGCGGCAUCGCGCAGCAGUGUAGCAGCUGGGUCAACGUACCAUGCCCCCAUCUCAAAGGUGUUGCGGGCGGCCUUUGGGUAUCUGUCAUGGCAGUUUGGCUCACGAGCAAUAAGAAGCUCGGCAAGCAUCUCAAAGCCGUUUCUCGGUUCGUUGUGAGGCAGAGGGGCUUUGCGUCCUACUUGAACGCAGUUUUGCGGGGUAAAAGGGAGAGCGGUACCGGCUACAAUCACGUCAACUCGCAAGUAAAGCAAGAGGCGAAUAUGUCAAGUGACGCCGGCGGCAAUGCCUUCACAGCAACCCAACCGGAGCACAACAACACCCCUGUUGACGAGUCUCUUCCCGUCAAGCCUGAGCCCUUAACAGCAGUCGAAUCCGGACCGAGCACCCAAUCGAGCAGACUGAGGUCACCUUCAAGCAUCUUCGAAUACAAGCCGCCACCGUUGCGGCGAUAG